AUGGUUUGGGCGAGCAUCGUGACAAUAUCUCAGAUGAUGACUUCGUCCGUUUCAGCAAGAAUACUCGCGAUAUUUGUUCAUGCCACGACGAAGAUAUCUCUCGGUUUACUUAUUCGACAGAUCGAUAGUCAAGGUGGACUUCAUCUUGCCAAUAUGAUACUGGGUGGAGUUGUCAUUGUAUGGGCUAUCUCGGGCGUAUUCACAACCGCUUUUGCAUGCCCUAUGCCUGAGCCAUGGUUCGCCGAUAACAACGUCCAAUGUCCAGCACAAGGCCCAAUCUUUGUGUACAACGGCAUCAUGGUUAUCGUGACAGACAUUGCGCUGUGUUUUCUACCAGUUGCCAUGAUGUGGGAGGUUCAAACAUCGAUCCGGAGAAAGCUCAUCGUCAUCUCGCUAUUUGGCGUUCGAUUGUUGGUGCCGAUCAUGACGAUACCCGAGCUGACACACGCGAAAUACAUGUUUGGGGGAUCGGAUGACGUGACCUGGCGAGCUGUUUCAACCAUGAUAUGGGGUCAGAUCGCAUUGGGUCUUUCAGUAUUGACAGUCUGCAUCCCCUCGCUGAAAGGUGUUAUCGACAGUCUUCUCGGUUCAACUGCUGUCGCCGCUCUCAAAACUCCCUACGAACUCAAGUACAGCGACAACGGAACAGGCCUCGAGAUGACAGCCCUCUCAGAGUCAAAGUCCAGACGAACGUCGAAACAAGGUAGUGGGCUAGGCAGUGGCUUGAGAAAGACUUCAAAAGCGAGACACAGUCAUCAGACAAUGUGGCGGCACGAUAUCACGAGCGAAGUUCGAACUGAGAUUGGGAGUGGUAGCGAUAGUGUGCGGAAUUUGACAGAGGGAGUCAUGGUGAACACGGAUUUCGAAGUUUCCUACGACGAUAAACAUGCUUCACGACCUGAUUCGAUGGGUUCUACGGAAGGAGCAUAUCGGUUGCAGGGUAGUUAG